AUGAGCUCUUAUUUUGUAAACUCAUUUUGCGGUCGCUAUCCAAAUGGCCCGGACUACCAGUUACAUAAUUAUGGAGAUCAGAGCUCGGUGAGCGAGCAAUACAGGGAUACAACGAGCAUGCAUUCCAGCAGGUACGGAUACGGCUACAAUGGCAUGGAUCUCAGCGUUGGACGCACAGCUUCCAACCACUUUAGUGCCAAUGACAGAGCAAGGAAUUAUCCAUCCAAUCCGAGCUCCUCUUCAGAGCCAAGGUAUAACCAACCUGCAGCCUCUUCUCCUCCACCUGACCCUCUGCCCUGCACCGCUGUGGCCACAUCGCCUGUCAGCGACCCUCACCAAGGGGGCAAAAACUCCAUAACUAACUCCAACAGCACCACGUCCAAUUCCACCAACAGCAGCACUAGCACCAGCACUCACAUUAACAGAGAUGGGCUGGGUGCAUCUUCUGGUGCUGAGGAUGAUGCCCCAGCAAACAGCGACCAGACAAGUUCUCAGAACAGUCAAAGCCCAGCUCCAUCAGGGCAACCCCAAAUCUACCCUUGGAUGCGAAAACUGCACAUUAGCCAUGACAACAUAGGAGGUCCAGAAGGAAAGCGAGCCCGGACAGCCUACACCCGCUACCAAACUCUGGAGCUGGAAAAGGAAUUUCAUUUCAACAGAUACCUGACCCGCAGGAGGAGAAUUGAAAUAGCCCAUGCACUCUGUCUCUCUGAGAGGCAAAUUAAAAUCUGGUUCCAAAAUAGGAGAAUGAAGUGGAAAAAAGACAAUAAACUAAAGAGUAUGAGCAUGGCAGCGGCUGGGGGUGCAUUUCGUCCUUAAAUUUCCCCUCCCUUGAAGAAUGUACUG